AUGGAUCCAACGUUACCAGAAUAUACUACAUCUUCUGAAACACUUCCCAACUAUACAUCGUCGAUAAACUUUUAUGGAUUGGCUUUGUUGAAAACCGAGUUCUUGACCCCCUACCAAUACAACAACGGAAAUAGGUCUUGGAAACCAGUGCUUUUACAUAUGAAUUCCACACAGUUGAAUAUUUACAAUGUCAAUGCUGAUAAAAAGCUACAGGAGUUGCUCAUCAACUUGUAUUUUGAAUUAAACAACUUGAACCAGCUAGCCAACGACCUCAACACGGAGUACAAGAAAAACAAUGGAAUGGAUUUCAACUCAAAUCAAGUCGACUUAAAUGACAUUUUCUCUGGUGACGCUUAUGGUGGUCUUGAAGGAAACAAGUCAAUGUUUAGUGAAUCCAAGUUUGGAAAAUUGAAAAACAAAUUCAAAACGCAAAAGAACCACAAGAUAUUAGCAACGAUAUCCAACUACUAUGACACCUUAAAAGACAACCGGAUGCUUUUUGAACCAAGCAGCGGUGACGUCAAGGGUACGACGUUUGAGAAGUUCAAAGGAUCUUUACUUCAUUCAUAUUCAUUAGCUCACUUGCAAGUUGGUGAGGCACCAUCCUUAAACCAAUUAAUUUCAGCAAUGUACAAGGAAGACCAUUCAUCAUCUACGUCCAACAUCUCAUCAUUAGUAAAGUACAAGAACUCCCUUCGUUUAAGAAUAGAAUACAAGCAGAUAUUACUUCAAUUCUGGUCAUUUCAUGGAAUGAUAAGUUGGUUUAGGAACUUGUCCAUUGGAAAGGAUUUAAGUUUACCAUUGGAGAUGAGGACUGUCACCAAGCUUAAAUCAAUUCCAUCAAGAUACAGCAGUAGAAACAACGCGUUACUUGCUGCUACUGCUGCUGCUGCUAGUUAUGGUAGGGGAAGACAUCACAGUACUGAAGCCAUUGCUAGUGAUGAACAUGCGAUGUUUCGAGUUAACCACUUGAUCCAUAAGGAUGUUGAAUCAGAUGUCAUCAGUACUGAUGGUGAAGAUGAGUCCAUAUUUGACAAUGUCCAACAUGCAAGAAGAGAAUCAGCAACAUCCUCGAUAUCGACAUCUGAUGACACUGGUUAUAUCACAAUCAAUGACUUCAAGUUUGUUUCAAAAGAAAAUGCAUACACAACAGUUGAGAAGCAAUACAUUUCCAAUUGUGUUCCAGAUCUCAAUUCUUUUGAUAAAUGGAAUGGUAAGCUCCUAACAGUCAGUAACGCUGAAUUUUUUGUUAGAGAUGAGAGAAACUACAAAAACAAAGACGACGUAUUUAUCAGCUACAAUGCAUUAGGUGACUUGGUUCAACUGUUUGAUAGAAAAUUUUCCAACUUGCAUCAACAUAACAAAAUAAGCUCUACAAGAACUUUUUUGAUCCACCAGAGUGGUUUGGUUGGUAUUGCACAAGAAUGUUGA